GGCUUACACAGACGUACUACAGUGACAGAACGACCGAUAACGUGCGAUUUCAUUCCUGAUCCUGCUGACGCCACAUUUUACCUGUAUGAACGUUGCACUCCAGACACAAAAACCUUAAAGCCGUUAACAUGAAUCUGCACAGACUGUGCCUGAGGUUCCGGCCGACGGUCACGCAAGUCCGCUCCCUUCACAGCAGUGGGAGUGGUCAGCAGCUGGAGGCAGUUGCCGUGGAAACAGAACAGCCGGUUAGAAACCAGCUGUCAAUCUUCAGAACAGCCGAGAAAGAUCCGGCCUGUCAUGCAGAUCAACAUUUAGGACAGUAUUACACCCUGCCCCCCGCCCACCUCCGCGCCCUCUUCCCCCACGGCCUCCCCCCCCGCUUCCAGCUGCAGGCCAAGACAUUUAAUGAGGGCUGUAUUAUGGUCAGGCAGCCGGCUGUGGAGUUGAUCUCUCACCUGAAGAAAGCUGAUUAUACCAAACCGGCGCUCCGCUACAUCCUCUAUGGAGUGACGGGUAGUGGAAAGACCUUGUCUCUGUGUCAUGCUCUUCAUUACUGCUACACUCAGGGCUGGCUGAUCUUUCACAUACCUGACGCUCACUUAUGGGUGAAGAACUGCAGUGAGCUCCUCCCCUCAUCGUCCCGCCCCUCGCGCUUAGAUCAGCCAAUCCAGGCCUCCCAGUGGCUGAAGAACUUCAAAAUCACCAACGAGCAGUUUCUGUCCAAGAUAAAGACCACAAAGCGAUAUGUUUGGACGAAGAGGGAGAGCACGGAGACGGGCCGACCGCUGGGGGAGCUGGUGGAACACGGUGUGUCUCGGGUGAAGAGCAGCAGUGACGUGGUGGGGGCGGUCAUGAGGGAGUUGAGACUGCAGGCGGGCGGCGGUCUGGGAGCUGACGGAGAGGGUGUGCUCAGGCUGGCCGUAGCCGUGGACGGAGUCAACGCCCUGUGGGGGAAAACCUCUCUGAAGAAAGAGGACAAAAGCCGGGUCGAGCCGGACGAGCUGACUCUCGUACACAAUCUGAGGAAACUGCUGAAGAACGACUGGUGCGGAGGCGCUGUCCUGACCACCCUGUCUCAGACGGGCGCCCUCUACGCCCCGCGCUCGGCUUACAUGCCCCUGGAACUGCUGGGGCAGGAGGGUUUUGAUAACAUGGACCCCUUUGUGCCGGUGCCUGUCUCUAACUACAGUGAGAAGGAGUUUGAGAGCUGCUACCUUUACUACAAUGACCGUAACUGGCUACAGCACCCACACAGUCAAACAGAGGAGGGGAAGAAAGAACUCGUCUUCCUCAGUAACAGAAACCCUUCCAUAUUGGAGAGACUGUGUGCUUUUCUCUGAAAUACACACACACACACACACACACAC